CAAAAAAAAAAAAAAAAAAAAAGGAAAAGAGUAAAUAUGUUUCAAAAGUACAGCCUUCACAUAUCCAAAGAGAAGGGUGAAGGUAUUUUCCACUAGGUCACUUGCGUGUUGCCAGAAUCUAUAUAUAUGCCAAUCAAUCGGUUCCCUGCGCAAAAGAAAAAUCCAUCCGUUCAAAUUUCCCUUCAUAGAAACCUAGCCGAUUUUCCAAAAUUUUCAAGAAACCAAACACAAAAUCCAACUGAAUAGUUAUUUUCAUAUUUCAAAACUUCUCAAAAUCUUUUCCUUUCCUUUUUUUUUUCCGGCCAAAACCGGCCGGCCAGCCACCGCUUCCACCGCCACCGCCCUUCUUUCAUCUAAAAACGCCUAGGGCUCGAGAUCUUUCGAACUACCAUCGUCAUCCACCAACCCCGUUUUUGUUAGUUCCGACGUUGUCGACCUCAGGCCACCGCCUACAGCCUGUCUCAAGUCGCCAGCUAAGCAUACGAGCUGUUGUCAGCUUCGAAGGAGAGAGAAAAUAGAUCUGAUUCUGAAAUCCGGAUUGUUUCAAGGCUGACCACCGCAAGCGGUGGCCACUUCUGAUAUCGGCUUGAUUGACCUUCCCUAGAUCUUGUGCACGCAAUCUAUCUCUAAGAGAUCCAUAUUUGGUAUAUUUUCCUUUGAGAUGGAUAAGUAUAAUCUUCCAUUUAAAGUUGGCCAACUUGCGGAGGCAAGAUCUUUUGUUUCUGGUUAUCGUGGUGCAUGGUUCCGCUGCAAGAUAAAGGAAAUUGGACGAAAAAAAGGUGUGGCAGGGCACGCUGUGGAGUACUAUGACUUUCCAGAUGAGAAGGUGCGAUGGACAAAACUUUAUCAGAAAAGAUCUAGUAAAUCUAAGGAUUUGACCUUGAUGAUUCGCCCACACUUUCCUCCUGUUUAUCAUGAAGGCGAAUCGUUUGAUAUUAAUAGCAUCUCAGAAGUGAGCGUCAUUUUAAAUGAUGUUUGGAAGGUGGGUGAUUUAGUGGACUGGUGGUCCGACGGUUGUUAUUGGUCUGGAAGGUUGACUAAUGUAUUAGGGCCCGAGAAGUUUCAGAUCGAGUUGUUUCCACCUCCUUUUGGUGAAGGGUUAUCUUAUGAAGCUUCAUGCAAAGACUUGCGUCCUUCCUUGGAUUGGUCUUCUCAGCAUGGUUGGACUGUGCCUGUGAUUACGCAGGGGAGUGAAGACUGUCGCUCUUGUGGUCGGAUUGUUAAACCUGUGAAUCAAGGGAGCUCUGCUAAGGUGACGAUUCAUGAAGAAAGAAAGGAGUGUGAUGCGUCAGUUUCUUCUGGUAUUUCAACUAGUCGCUUACCACCUCCAGACAGAGCAAAGCUACUGGGAAAAAGUCUUUUGAGCAAAACUGCAUGUAUGGAGACGCAACCAAUGAAGAGCACUACUUCAUGCAUGGAGACGCAACCAGUGGAGAGCACUACUGCAUGUGCUGAGACACAACCAAUGGAGAGCAGUACUGCAUGCAUGAAGACACAACCAGUGAAGAGUACUGCUGCAUGUGUGGAUAUACAAGCAGUCGAAAAAAAUAAGAGCUUGCAUGUCACAGAUGAUGGCAUUGCCAAAACUAGUUGUUCGGACAGCAUUUCAAGUUUACGCUUUGGAGUUGCAUCAGCUGAAGUUGCAGGGGAUACAGCUGAAAAAGACAGUCACCAUAACCGUGGUCCAUCAAAGAAGAUGAGAACUGAUAGAAGUAUUAUGUUGAAUUCCAUGUCCUGUGAUACAAUAGAAGCUGCAAUUGUGCACUUGGAGGAACUGGUAAACCGGGUUAAAUGGAUGAAGGAUAUUUUGAAGUUUGGAAUGCCUUUGCCCGAUUCCGUGCAGCCUUCUUGGAAGUUUGUGGAACACCGUUCGUCUUCCUUGCAAAAAUAAGUUCUUGAUUGGAAGGAUCAAAAUGGAUGGGUGGUGGAGCCAGGAAGCUGUCAUCUCUGCUCUUAUACUACAUUUUUAGACAAACUUGUUGUGUUGGAACCAUGGGAUGAUUGUUCACUGAUUUUGACAAUGUUUUAUUUGGGAAAAGAUUGAAUUAAGGGGUGGUGAUGAUUGAGAAACAGAUUCAUUACACUGUCGACGACGCAGCCCCUUAGGCAGCUACCUGGUUUUUGGGAAUUUUGGUUUUGCUGCUUUAUGAUCUGUACAUUGAUUGCAAGCAGAAACUUGAGUUUUUGAUUUUGAAGCAGAAGCUGAAGUUUAUGAAUUCUUUCAUUGAAAAUCAUGCCUCAAACUUGUAAAGCUAAAAUCCUAGAAAAAUGAAUCUCAAAAACAAUUAAUUGUUUUCUAGAUGCAUAGUCAAGUAUUCCUUCA